UUUCCUGUAUAUAUCCUGUUUGACGAGGUUUUGGUGAACUUGUGUGUCAGUGUGUUUUGUCCUGUUACUCUGUAGCUAACGUCACAUCGGCUGCAGCUAUGAGUGCAAUCAUUCCUCGGAUAGAGCAGCUGUCCGCCCGAGUCGUCCGGGUUUUGGGCUGUAACCCGGGACCGAUGACUCUGCAGGGGACCAACACUUAUCUUGUUGGCACCGGGGAAAGACGGGUGCUGAUAGACACCGGAGAACCUGCUGUGCCUGAAUACAUCAGCAGUCUGAAACAGGCACUGUCACAGUUCAACACCAGCAUCCAGGAGAUCAUCGUCACACACUGGCAUCACGACCACACGGGAGGAGUGGAGGACAUCUGCAGGGACAUCACUGGUUCUGAGGUGCGAGUCAGCAAACUGCCUCGCUUCCGCAAAGCAACUGACACAGCCGGGGACAAGAGCUAUUCUUACCUAAAAGAUGGAGAUGUCGUCCAGACAGAGGGUGCUACACUCAAAGUGUUGUUCACCCCGGGUCACACCGAUGACCACAUGGCCCUGCUGCUGGAGGAGGAGCAGGCGCUCUUCUCUGGAGACUGCAUCCUGGGCGAGGGCACGGCCGUGUUUGAGGAUCUCUACGACUACAUGAAAUCUCUGAAGAUCCUGCUGGACUCUAAGGCCGACCUCAUCUGUGCUGGGAUGUGUCACGGCCCCGUGGUUCAGGAUGCUGGCUCUAAGAUCAGACACUACAUCAGCCACCGGCACCAACGAGAGCAGCAGAUCCUGGCGGCCAUUCAGGAUGGAGCAGGAAAGCCUUUCUCCUCCAUGGAGCUCGUAAAGAUCGUCUAUAAGGACACUCCUGAACACUUGCACCAAGCGGCUAAUGUGAACCUGGUCCAUCACUUAAAGAAACUGGAGAAGGAAGGAAAGAUUAUUUUGGUUGAUGAGACCUUACAGAACACCAAGUGGAAGAGUAAUCUGUGAUGUCCACCACGACCAUGAUGAAAUGGACUCUGAUUGAGCAUUUGGCCAGGAUGAUGAAAAUCCAUCUGGUUCAAUGAUUCAGAAUUUUUCAGAACCCUUCAGCGUAAUGUUUGUGCCGAAAUGACUCAGGUCUGCUGAUUGACACACAUAAUCAAGGAAAAUCAGGGAUGGUGGUGGAGGUUUUUCUUGACUUUGAGUACACAAAACAAGACCAACAGCAGGACUCACCAGGACUGAGCUGCAGCCUGUGUCAAAGUUUAACAAGGCUAAAAUGAAAGGAAGAUUAGCCCCACCCUACAGUGUGAUUGAUGUGCCACAGUGCCCUCAUCUGGCAAAGUUAAAUGGCUUAACUUCCUUGUCUUAUUGCUUCUAGAGGGGCUCUUUUCUUUUGAUCACUGAAAACAGAUUCUGCUGCCUUUGCCACAAUAGCAGAUUCUAACUCCAGCCAAGGCCCUAAACCUGACAAUCCAUCAUGAAAUAACCAUUUUAUCAAUGGAGUUUGGUACACAACCCUUUCUUUUUCCCCAUUCUCUUCCUCCUCUUUGGAUUCCAUUUUGAUUUCUGUGGGCACUGGAGGAUUUUGUCAACUGAUGUCCAAUGUCCUUUAGAAAAACAGCUUAACUGGGUAUAACAUUUAAGAGGUGGUAGUCUGUGAAACUUAAUGAACAGACAUAAUGUUUUAUCAAAGUAGUGUUCUUCAGGAGUAUAUACCGCAUACAUAGCAUAGUAUAACACUGAAUUUGCAUAUUGUAGGUAUAAAGCCCUGAGGGCCACUGGUCUCAAAUCAUUUAUCCUGUCAGUUAAUUGUUGCUUGUUAUGUUGUUGUUGGCACCUUCUCAUCACUGGUGUUUAUUCAGCCUAUCUCAGGACAGGUUUUACAUGUGUAUCUUUUGGGGGAUGAAGGCCCACCUGUAUGGGAAGCACUGGGUAAAGGAAGGUCAGUAGGAUAAAUAAUUAGGCUGAGAGUAUCCAAUUUGAUGUGCUCUCAGAGACUGUUGACUGUGACAGAUGAUGAAAUAUAUAUUUCUAUCCAGACCACCUGAUAAGUUUUUUUCAGCUGUCGCCUUUUUCUUUUAACUUUGUUUUGAUUUAGUCUCUGUUCUCAGUCUCUGUGAACUUUGUACCACAUAUUCUGCACAAAUUUUCAGUUGGUCACUAGGGGGCAGCAUCUGCUCAUUCAUUAUAUUGGGUGAUAAUUUCAAUUAUAAAUUAACAUAAUUUGCUCAAACAUUACAAAUAGUUUUGAUUUUUUUUUCUUCAGAAAAUUGUUUAAAAUAAUACUUGUAAAGACUGUGAAUGUGUGUUG